GAUAAUGUAUCGCUGUGGAGAUGCGUAAGGGUUUUGGACCGGUUCUUUCAUUAUUUCCAAAAAAGGGAGACAAAGAUCUCGACCAUGACGGACCCUCAAGAAGACGACCAGUCCAAGCCCUAUCACAACCUGGACGAUUUGGAGACGGCAACCUUGCGCAUCCCCAAGCUCAAAGUCAAGUGCAAAAAGGCCGGUUCCACCUUGUCUCCAACCGUUCAGAGCAUCAUUGUAGAGCCUUCGUCCAAUUCCAUUCGACCCGAUUUAGUCACUGCCUAUUUGACACACUUGGUCGAACGAUUGAAUGGUGACAAGGUCGUCCACAUUGAACUCCACAAGUUACAGUUGGGGGAUUGGACGGUAUUGGCCAACUUUUUUCAUCAACAACCCAAACCCGUUGCGUUGACCAUUCGACGAUGCCCCUUGACGGCUGCCGGCGAUGAGACGUUGAGAGAGUUUCUCGCAACGACCACCAGUUUGCGGUGUUUUCGAUUCUUUUACGACACUCCAUUUGACUUGAAAUUCAGCAUGGAACACGUAUGGAGGCAUGGAUUAGAAACCAACUCGUCUCUGGAAGUGCUGCAGCUCUGGUGUCCCGCCUUUACGCAAGUUUACCAUCAUUUGUUCCACAAUCAUCAGAAUCUAAUCAAGGCAGGACUGCGUCUGCAUCACUAUGGGGCUGCUCCCCGGGAUCACAGUGCUGCGCUGUGGGAAACCAUUCCCCAUGGUGCCUACCAAAUCGAAUCGUUAGACUUGUACACAACCCAACCGGUCCCUGCCAAGAGACUGUUGGAGUGGCUCAAAGUCACAAACAAGUUACGACAAGACGACGUGUCCAUUUCAGGGCGUUCCUUUGGUGGGGAGGAUGGUGACACCAUUCGAGGCAAGGACAAUGUACUGGAGAAACUCCAAGAAAUGGCCAAAUGAAACAUAAUGCGAGACGACAACAAUGGAAGCACUUGGAUGCUCGCAUGGGAACUUCGAGAAGACUUGAUUCGAUUCAUUGCAACGAAAAAAGGGCGAAGGGGACCAACCAACCGUGGCCAAGCCGGGUGUCUGGGUGGCGUUUUACGAGUUCUCGCUUUCAUGUGGGAGAUCCAUGGGAUCAUCAGGAGGCUUCGGAAUGCCUCUGCUCGCCCACUCGCACGGCCAAAAGGACUCGGUCUCGGGCUGGCAGUGGCGUGCUUGCUGGCAGUACGGUACGUAGAACGUCCAAGCUACUACAGUAGACCCGUCGACCGCAACCCCUUGGAGAAUGAUAUGAUCACGCAAGCGAGUUGCUGCGGUGGCAGUCCUCGUUUCGCGGAGGACGCCACAACUGAGGAAAGAGAUUGUUUCUCAGCGAGGAGCCUACCGUUCGGUGUCAUCCUUUAGAGACGCAACGCAGACACGCCAUCACAGAAUUUAUUGGCUAGAUAUAAUACUUACCACGAAAAUCUAACCUGGUAGAAACUGUUUCAAACGCUCUACCGUACUGCACGGACCUCGCCGUCGGUAAGAAAAGUGAGACUGC